UAUUAAACCUCUAUUCAGCAGUUGAUCAAAAUUAUCUUUACGAUAAUUUUAUCUUAACGGUAUUCGAAUAAGAGAGUCGAAGGGCCCGAAGUAUUAAGUAUUUCUGAUUCCUGAAAAUUCCGAUAAGAAUUAUAUGGUACGCGUAUACGAUGAUGUCGUACCUUGGGCUCGAAACAUUACUAAAAGCUGCGAUACAAUGAAUCAGAAUAAUGAGAACGCAGUAUGAGAAAAAAAAGGAGAAUGGAAAAUAAUGCGACUCUUAAAUAUAAUGUGUUCGCACUCGCCGUUUGUAUUCGUAUUUAUAUGUAAUUCGAUCGGCCUCGAACUCCUUCGAAAAAGUGUUUACAUUUCGUGUGUUCGGCUGUCGAACGCGACAGUCACCGCACGCACACGACGCAUUACACACGCAUUGACGCACGAGCGUUUUUGUGCGCACUAUACAGGCGAAAACAUUUCUUUCCCACAUAUGCAUAGGCCGAAGAAAUUAAUCAGUUGGUUCCGCGCGCAAGAGCGAGCCGCAUAUUAUCCCCAAUGGGCAACCUCGUCCACAGUCACUGAGGUCGACGACUUCUUAAAAGGAUGGGUUAACGAGGUCCGUGGGGCAUUACUCGCUUUACCGACCACCUCCGUCUGCGAUACUCACCUUUUCUUCGACUAGUCGCUCCUCUGCCUGGAUGCAAUAAGCUGGCACGUUGGAUUUUCGAAAAUCGUUCCAUUUGAUAUUCGGCUCGAUCGACUGUUAAGUGCACGUAGCCGAGGCAGGGAUCUCAGUCAACGUUCUACCAUUUAAAUGUUUGCAACAGGUGCUUCCACGCUCCCAUAUAUAGCUAGAGCAUUUGAAUUUUUUGUUUCGCUCGGUUGGUCGUGUACGCUCGUGAACGGAUACGAAGAACGGAUUAUAUGUGUGGACAAAUUCGAAUCCAUGAGCGCUUCCGUUUAUAUUUACGAAUUUUAGUAACGAAUUGUUACAUUGUGUGCGACUCGGCGAUGUACCUGUGACGUAAACAUAUAUUACAUAUGGAUAUUCAAAUUGGUGACAACUGUAAAUAUUACAAAUGCAGAAGCUUGCUGGCUUGCGACACCGGAGGAACAGUUUAUGAAACUUUUAAGGAGUUUGAAAAAUCUAAUUCCACUGCCAGCUUAUUGAAAUAUAAAGAUAAUGGUAAAACUGAUUCUAAUCAGCCGGAGAGUAUUAUUUAUAUUAUCGAUGCGGAUAGUGAACUAGAGAAAGAGAAAAGAUCGCUGGUCGAUUUAACUACUCAUCUAGACGACGAUGAAUUUAAUGAUUAUGAAAUCCAUUCUAAUAUGUGUUAUCAACCGCAGAAUGAGGUUUCACAGUAUACCACAUGCGAAGAUGAAAUAGAAUGUUUGGAUCUAGUAGAGGAAUGCAUUCAAAGUAAAAAUAUUGUUUGUGCCCCUAAUGAAAGUGCUGAUAGGCAUAUUUUGCAAAAUUUGGUCGAUCAAAUUUUAGAUAAUGAUGAUAUUUUUGUCAUUCAAGACUCAGGACAUUAUCAACAUUUUAACAAUUCAAGUAGUCUAAUUCAUUCUAAAGAUAUUAACGAUGAUAUAAGAAAAGAUGGUUCAUUACUGGAUGAUAUUGUUUGCACUCAGAAUGAUUAUCAAUACUUUUUAACCGCCGCUCAGAAUAAUUCUGGUUUAUCCGAUUUAGCUAAAUUAAAUAGACAAGAAAUAAAUAGAUUUGAACACGAUACAUCGAUGAAAAGAGGAAUUGUUUCUAGCAGCAAGCAUACGCAUAAGAGAAAACAAAUAUAUAAUAUUAAGGAUGAUUCAUUUACUGAAUUAUUAAAUGAAGAUAAAGAUAUAUUCAAUAAGACAAUGGUAUCUAAUAUUAAAACUCGAAAAAAGAAAUCACGUUAUAAUAAGGAAAAUCAAAGGAAAAAAUUACAAUGUCAGAAAAGAAAUCCAUUUGCCAAUUUAAAAAUGAAUAGCAUUCUAAAAGGAAGUAAGAAACCAACGAUAAAAAGAAGUAAAAAUCAUUGGCAAUUAUCAAAGAGAGAAUCGACAUCUUCGAAUGAUGAAAAUUUUGGAGAAAAUUAUUGCAUUUUGAGCGAUGACAAUUUUGGGAAAAACAAUGUUAACUUUAACAACGAUGAGGAUGUUUUGAUGUAUAAAAGAAGAUCGUGUCAAUCUGAUUAUUGUUCUUCGUUUCAUUCAAAAACUGAUGUACUACAAGAAAUUGGUGCAAUUAUAACGUUAAAUUCUGAAUUCGCCAAUGCCGAUUAUUUAGAAUACGUACAACCAAGAGAAAGAAUCAUUGAAUCUGAUAUGGAUAAGCUUCUGAGUCCGACGAUAGAAGUGGAAUUUUCUGAAAUUCUCAAGACAUGUAAAAUAAAACAAAUUAUAAAGGAUAAAAAAGAGCAAAUAGAUUGUAAUGGAAAUGAAUUAGAUUAUUAUAAUGUUAAACAGAUAAAUAAUUCAAAAUCAAUAUUAUCACCCAAUGAAAUUGCAGAAAGAGACUUGUUCUUGAAAUCAGCAUAUGCAAAAAAAUUGGGAUAUGAGAAUUAUUUCAAUACCUCCAAUGAGUCCAUUGUCAAUGAAAUUCUUUUUGAUCCAUCACUUGCAUAUAAUGAAAUUAAUUUAGACUUAAAUCUGUUAAAGCAUAUUGAAAUGUACUCGAAAAAAAAUUCGCUUUUAGACAAGUCAUUUACAUCGGUGUCAUGUACAUUGAUAGAAAGCUUAAAUGAAUUCAAUCGAUUUGGCGGAUUUACCGAAGAAAUCUGUGAAGACAAAGACGAAGACAAAAACGAAAAUGAAGACGAAAAUAAAGACGAAGACGAAGACGAAGACGAUGACGAUGACAAUGACGUUGACGAAGAGGAAGAAGAACAAGCAGGAGACGAAGUCGAAGAAGAAUUAAAUCUUACAGACGAUAAUUCGGAUGUUACAUUGGAUAUCGAGGGAUCAGAUAAUUUUUCUGAAGUUAAUACAUUUGAAAAAAGACAUGAUAAUUUAACUUUAAACGGAGAUCUAAGAAAACACAACGUAAUUGAUGAUUCAGUCGGACAAAUUACGAAUAUUAAUGAAAAGAAGAAAUCCAAGUCUGUGAAAAAUAUUUAUAGGUAUAAAUGCUUUAAUUGUUCUGCAAAAUUUAGAACAAAGCGCAUAUUAAAGAAUCAUGUUUCUGAAAGACACAGAGGUCCAUAUGAUACGGAAUGCGAAAUUUGUCAUAUGAAAUUUAGGAAAAGCUCUGCCCAUAAAAAACAUCAUCCAUGGUGUCAAAAAAAUGUAACACAUAAAUGUGAUAUUUGUAGCAAAGUUUAUUGUUAUCGAGCCUCGCUUAUAAAGCACUUGAAAACUCAUAGGAAGCUCAUGUAAUGAGCUUUAACGUAAAAGUGAGCGGAUAAAAAGCAAUGGAAAGUCUUAGAACAUU